AAGAAGAGUUUAGUGCUCGCCGACGCGUUCAAUUUGAAUUUAUUUAUUGUUGUGUUUUUGUCGAGAUUUAAUCUAUCAAAUUUUACUUUAUUUAAUGGACGACGAUCAAAAAUAUAAGCUGAUAACCUGUGUAGAUCCCAGAAAAGUCAAUGUGCCAAUUAGAGAUAGAUUCGCUAAGCUAACGCUAUCAAACAAAAAGAAACAACAGGUAGAUAUUGAUACUGCUGCAGGACAAAUAUGCGAUAAAGAAGUUAUGGCGCAAGUAAAACGUGUUAGCCGCAACCUUUUGGAAACGCUUGGUACUGAAAAUACUGCAGACAACAAAUGCGAAUUUUUGCUGCAAAAAACUCUUGUCGCUCCUACACUCUCCAAUGUUACGGAUAUUGCCCUUUUAGAUAAAUCCACUGUAUACCAUGAAAAUUACAUGAAUAGAUCUUUAUGCAAAAAUACUGUAUCCGAUCCUACGUGCUCCAAUAUUGAAAAUACUGUCCAAACAGAAGUUGACAGUGAUAACAGCGAUUUUUCAAACAGAUUUUUGAUUAAAAACCUUGCCGCGGCACCCACAGUUUCCAAUCUUACUGAUAUUUGUUAUUAUGUAAAUCCUUUGCUACGAAGCGAUAGCAGUGGCAGUGAUCCGAUGAAACGAAUAUGCAGCGAAGUUGAUAUCCAAAAUUCAGAUAAAACAGUUUCGGAUUGUAUGCAGCCGUUACAAGUAAGUCAAAGCACUGAAGAAAACUUACCUGAAUGCGAUAUAUCUAUAUUAACGAAUCGUAUAUCAGGAAUGACCAUGAAUCAUAAAAAUCUUGAAAACGAAAAAAAACCAAUUGAUACAACUUUAUUAAUUUCUACGGAAAGCCAGCAAAGAAAUACUGACUUUGAAUCAAAUAGGUUACUGACAUGUACAAAAAGUACUAACGGUGAUGAAAAUGUUCUCAGCAUAUCAGGUCAUCCGGAAGCAACAUGUAUAUCCCUAUCAUCCACUGACGAUAAUGGCAGUGCUAUAACAGUAACUGAUAGCAGUAUCUCCGAAUUAUUGGACUUGGAUUUUAUGACAUCCGAUAUACCAGAAAGUGGGCAUACUCUUGACGCUUUCCUCCCAAAUACUUUUAGUAAUGAAAAGGCAGACCGGAUGGAAGCCUUUUUACGUGACGUUUCCCAACAACGUAGGGAGUAUGAAGAGAUUCAGAAAAUUGAAAAAGAUAAAUUUCAUCUACAUGUAGCAACGGUUAAGAAUUCUCCUAAAACAGACAAAAACAAUGCAAGAGUUCUUGGUGGUUUGGCAUAUGCAGAUACCGAGUCAAUGACAACAUUUAGCACUGAGCAAAGAAGAUCAGAGGAAUGUAAUGAAUUUCAAGACUGUGAAAGUAAAAAUCAAUUUAUAAGCAUAAAAAAUGAGCGCAGGAUGGGAAAUGAUACUUUGUCCAUGAGUCAAUUUCAAUCGGAAGAUUUUCAAAUUUGCGAUAUUCCAAAUAACCACAAAAACAAUCAGAUAACAGAUGAAGAAACUCAAGUUAAUACUAACACGUCUGGGUGUUUGGAUCGAUGCCACAGUACACAAGAGAAUGAAGAAGAAUAUUCUUUAGCAUGCAGUGAACAAAGUUCCAUUUCGGAUGCUUCCAAGUCAGAUGUGCCUGACGAUUCGGUCAUUAUUUCAGAGACGUCUAGUGAAAAUUUGAGUAGUCAUUCAGUGCAUGAUAGCAGAUAUAGCAGUAAUGAAGUAGUUAAUACGGAACAAAGCAUAGGCGUUGACACUGAGAGUGAGCAAUUGACACCACCUGUAAUGAGUAUUGGUAGUAUUAAUAUAUCUGCAAAGAUAAAUAUUAAAAUUUCUAUUUCACAAAUGGAUAGUAUGGAAGAGGAAUGCGAAAACGACGCGAAAGAAAAAACUAAAGUCGAUUAUACUAACAACGACAGUGGGGAAGAAAAUGACAUGUCUUCUGAAAAUGAUUAUAAUGAAAAAACACCAACACAAGACUCUAAUAAUCAAGAGUUUGAAAAAACUUGUCAUAGUCAAAAACAAGAUAGAACUUACACGGACCCUGUCGAUCCCAUUACAAGUAAUAAUUUAGAAAAAGAAAUACCUAGUGAAGAAGAGGAAGACGUUAAUUUUCUCACGCAAGCGGAAAGAUUGCUCAAUCAAGUAUAUGGAACGUCUUGGAAAACUCCGGAAGUAAUACGGACUUUAAAACGCACGAGUCGUACACCAAAGAAAGCAGACUCUACGCAGUCACCACAAGCAUCUAAUAUUAGAGAGCAUAUAAUAGAAGAUGCAAACUUGGUUGGUUCAGCUGACAAAAGUGUGGGCCUACAGCUGGAUCAGAAUAUUGAGCAAAGUGUACUGGAUGAUUUUUCUACAUUUCGUCACAACAUUGUGAGGACGAAUUUGGAUUCUACACGCUUUACGACACCAAAUUUACACAAAGAACAGGCUGCAUCGAUUGUUGACAGAAACAACUAUAAUAGCGAGCCCCGCUGCAAGACUAAACCGCACACCGAUUUCAAAGUACCGAAAACUGAAAUAAAAAGAAAAGUUACGGCUAAACAACAGAAGUGCAAUGACCGUUGGAGACAAUUAAUUGACAAGGAUAGUGAUACCUCAGGUGACAAUGCUUCCGAUGAUCUUACGCUAGACAAAACUGAACAUCUCGAUGAUUCCUUGAAUGUUAAUAAAAAAAAUAAAAGUGAGACAGACAAAGAAUGGAGUCUUACAUCUGAUGAUAGCGAUGACAGUGACUAUAAAAUCAAGCAGCCUAAAAAAGUAUCUACAAUUCAAAGGAGGAAUCAAAAACAAGAAAAAAAAUCAGCGAUUGAAAGUGUAGGUAAUUCUACAAGAGGACGGCAAGUGAAAGCUAAGUCGAGAGAUAAUUUGAUUUACUUAGACUUAUCUAAAGACGAAGUAACUAUACAGGAGGGUGAGCCGAACUCGCCAAAAGCCAAUACAGAUGCAAAUUUUAAAUUACAUUUGGAAGAUAUUCUGCGCACAUGUAAAGCUACCGAUAAGGCAAAAAUUUCAGUUACGCCAAAUACUGGUGGGAAAACAAAGAGGAAGUUGUUCACAGCUAAUUUUGGUGAAGAGGAUGUUGACUUAACAGUUGGUGAAGAUGGAGUACAACCUCGGACACCAGUUAGGCGUGCACCUACAACCGAAGAAGAAGAGAUUUUACAUGAUAUGGAACAGGUGAAACAAAUCACUGGUGUGGACGGGAUAGCUAUUUUUAACAAACACUUGGAAUCUGUAAAACGAGGAGGACCCAUUUUCAAAGCGACACCACCACGUAUGCCAGACACGCCAAAAUCAACAGUAACUCCCGUACGUAUAAAACAUACAAGGACUUUGAGAGAACGCAAUAAAUUGGAUGAUCAAAUUAUACCUACGCCUCAGCACAAAUAUGGUUUUCUUAAAUCACUUGAUGUUUGCGUUGCCAAAUCUCUUUGUCAUCCCGAAGCGUUGAGCUAUCGCGAAAACUAUCGCACCAAGAAGGAGGAAUUGGCAAAUUUACUUUAUGAGCUCUAUAAUGAAAAAUUAUUUGACAAAAAAUUGCAUGCCCCACUUAAAUGGAACAAAAAGCUUUGCAAUACGGCCGGAAGGUGUUUAAAUAAGAAGAAAUUGGGUGUGCGUACGAGUGUGAUAGAAUUAAGUGAAAAAGUACUAACCAGCGCCGAUCGUUUGCGGUGUACACUAAUACAUGAAUUGUGUCAUGCGGCCACUUGGAUAUUCAAUGGUGAAGGUGGACAUGGUAGCACCUGGAAACAAUGGGCGCUGAAAGCCAAUCAAGUGUUUCCGGAAAUACCUAAAAUUGGUGUAUGCCAUCAGUAUGAGAUAGAGUAUAAAUACACUUACAAAUGCACCUUAUGCGCCGCAAAAUCACAUGCGCACUCAAAAUCGAAGAAAGUGGAGAAUAUCAGAUGCUCGUAUUGCCAUGGAGCCAUUGAAAUAUUUUUGAACAGAAAAGAUAAAGACGGAAAUGUCAUGUCUACGCCAGUACGCGAAGCAAAAGGUUUCGCAAAAUUUGUUAAGGAUAAUUAUAAGCAGCACAAACGCCCCGAUCUCAAACAUGCAGAUGUCAUGAAGAUAUUAAGCAGUGAGUUUGCUGCGUUAAAAUUACCUGAUUAAGGAGCGCUUGAAUUUUUAAAGGAGUAAAGAGUGUAAAAUAAGUAUUUUAAUAAAAAUUAUUAUUAUUUUUAUAUCAUA